UUUCCCACCAGGCUACGUAGGGUGGAGCUGGGAGAUCGGGUGCUCACAUCCAAAAGCAGAAUCCCUCAGCUUAUAAGAGGAAGAGGAGGAAAGGACAGAGAAGAUAUAACCAUCUUGCUGCCAUGUCUCAGAAGAAAAAAUCUGCAAAGAGCAACCGCCCCCAGCAAAAGCAGCCAAUGGUGUCUGCUGCAACGAGUAGCUAUUACACAGACUCACUUGGUUUCAUGUCUAUGGACAGUAAUGUGCCUGGUCUGUCCAAUGUCAUUCUUGAGAAACUCAAUUUGAAGAGCUAUGAAGAGUACAGGACUGCAGUGGAUGGUAAAAGCUUAACCACAAAUUUUGGCAUCCGAACCUAUUAUGAUAUGUUUCAAAAGAUGGAGGACACUUACAAAUUUUGUGCUCAGUGCAAGAAACUUCCAUCACUCCUGCCAGACCCUCGGAGUAUGAGACGGUGCAAAAGGUGUCAGAAUGUAUAUUACUGCGGUUCUGAAUGCCAGAGAGAGAACUGGCCAUUCCAUAAGAAGUUCUGCAGAAAACUAAAGCUGGCAGCAAUCGACAGACUGGUAGAAUGGUUGAUAUUUACAGGAGACAUUCCAUUUCCUACAAAACCAUGGAUCAAGCCUUUUUCUGAGUUGAAGAACUGGGAAGACUGGUUUUCCAUGCAAGAGGGCCUGGAGGAGAAAUUGGACAGUAUAAUGGCAAGUCGAUAUAUGGCGAUUCUGUGGUCAAAUGCUGGGAAGCCAAGACCAGAAGACAAUGAACUCAGAGAAUCGAUCAAGCGUCUGAUGACGGAUUUCUUCACUAGACCCAUGACCAUUGGUUUUGCCAUUAAUGCCUUCAGCGUGGACCCUUACGUUAAACCAAUAACUGUUCAUGUCAUUGGGGCUUCUCAUAUCGAGACCCUGAACAUCAGAGCUACUGACUAUGAUGAACUCGCCAAAAUGUUUCCUGGAAACCAAGGCAUAGAGGUGGUAAUGGUGGGACCUGAAGUAGUGGACGGCCCUGUUAUGAGACCUCCCCUGGUGGCUUAUGGGCCAAGGGGAAGAGUUUAUGUGAGUGGGUACAAGGGACUGUAUCAUGUCUUCUGGGAAACAGUGAUCGAGAGCCAACAAGCUGCACGGCCUGAUCUCGUAGUCGGCUUUCAUCCAGGGUUCCAUGCAUCUCAGGGCCUUGCCGAGGGCUGGCUUCCUACUCUCUUACUGCUGCGAGACUACAGCAUCCCCUCCAUGUUCACUAUGUACAGCGAGCAUGAGAUGAAGUAUUCCCUGCAGAUCCUGGCUGAGUUGGAAACCCAGGUUUUGUCUUUCGGCCCAUUCCCUUUUUCAUCCCUGAAGCCGGAGCAAGUCCAGUCGGACCCCAACAAAACCCCUGCAAGCAGUAAUGCAUUCCACCUGCUCUUCAGAGGUACCAUUGGGGCAGAUUCAGAGACUGACAUGGCAGGGUUAGAUGGAGCAGAUAUCAGCUAACCGGCACUAGUGCUAUUCCCACCGAGGCUCAACGGUCCUACCCAUAAACCCAACCGAAGAUGGGGGCCUACCCUACUUCUGUGAUGGGUUCUGGUGAUCCAGAUGCAUUUGUGAAAUGGAUGGUAAAGUUAAAAUGUGAUGAAUCUUUUCUUUUUUGCAUUUAAAGAGUGUUUUUCCCCUUGAGGUUGUGUCUCCUUCUUUAUUCUCAAUAAACAGCAGCACUGUC